CACGUUUUCAACAACGAGGUGUGGACGGGAUGGCGGCGUCCAAGAUGGAAGCGCUGAAGCGGUAUAUGGGCGGCGGUGCUCCCGAGGAAAAGCUCAAGAAGAAGCGUAAGAAGAAGAAGACGGACACAGGACUUGGCAUGUAUGUCGUGGACGACGACGACGAUGCUUGGAACGAUGGUUUGUCGAAACAAGGGAAAGGGAAGGAUCUAUGGCAAGACGAGCGCACCGAAUAUGACGAAGAACAACCCACUGUCGUGGGGGACGGCGCCGAGGACUACGACCCUGAAUCCCAGCCUAUUGUGGCGAACGCAGAAGAGUUCUUUGAGCGGGAACGGACCGAGGAGUUGGAGAAGCAGUGGCUGGCCGCCGAAACGAAGCCAUCGGUAGACGCAUCACCACCACGCAAAGCACGACAUCAGGAUGCAUCACCACCACGCAAAUCACGACAGCAGGACGCGUCAUCUCCACCGCGAAAGUCACGCCGGCAAGAUGUUAAGGACCCUUCAGAAGCGUCGUCUCCUUCCAGACAAAAGGAGGAUUUGUCUCCGCCACGAAAGGUCCGUCAUGAAGAAAACUCGCCCCCGCGACGGCGCAAGAAAGUAGCUAGUGGUGAUAGACCACAAGAUCUAUCUCAAGAGGAGAAUUCCUCUCCCCCUCGUCGCCCAAGGGACGAUACCUCCCCGCCUCGCCGAUCCCAUCGGGAAAUUUUCUCGCCGCCCCGCCGGUCUCAUCGGGAUACUUCCUCGCCGCCUCGACGUCGGUCUCGCUUUGACAAUGCGUCACCUCCACGACGGGAGAAACAGCGGGACGAUGGCUCUCAGCGAUCCACUCGAGACCAUGCCGCGUCUCCGCCUCGCAGAUCUCGACGAACUGACGACAGUUCGCCGCCGCGCCGUUCUCAGCGGGAAAAUUCCCCUCCUUCCAGCCGAAGUCGCCGGGUCGAUGCUUCCCCACCACGUCGAUCCCAUCAAGACAAGUCCCCUCGUCGAUCUGGUCGGGAUACGUCGUCGCCCCGUCGCCGAUCUCGAUUUGACGUCGCGCCGUCGUCGCGUAAGGAAUCUUCCUCGCCCCCCCGACGACGACCCCACGAGGAAAUUUCCCCGCCCCGUCCGCGGUCGUCCACAUCAACAUCCAAAUUCGACCCACGCCGUCGUGACGCGCCGACGUCACCCAAAAGUGGUCGCCGUGACGGCAACGCGUCAUCCCCACGUCGAAACCCAUCCAACGACGACCAACUUGCCGUGGGCGGGGUGUUCACUGGAAAAGAGUUCAAAGCCCAACAAGAUCAACUCCGAGCGACCCAGCAAGCCGCGUUUCAAGACGAAGCCCUGAUGGGCAAACAGGCAGAAACGAUCUACCGUGACAAGCGAGGCCGGAAGUUGGACAUGUUGAUGGAGAUGCAGCGGCAGCAGGAGAUCCAGGAUGGCAAGCGUAAGCGCGAAGCCAAAGAAGAGUUUGAGUGGGGCACGGGGAAAGUCCGCAAAGAGGAACUCAGGUCCCACCAGCAAGAGCUCGACGCGAUGCGGGCCAAGCCAUUUGCACGACAUAACGACGACGCCGAGCUCGAAAGUCUGCGCAAGGCCAAACCAAGGGCGUUCGACCCGAUGGAAAGCUCGCUGUUCAAGGACGACGUGGACGACACAGCCAAGAAGGGGCCCAAGAAGAACCAAAAGCCAACGUACGCUGGCCCCCCCGCGCCCCCAAACCGAUUCAACAUCCCCCCGGGGUAUCGAUGGGAUGGCGUUGUGCGAGGAAACAACUGGGAAGAGAAGGCGCUGCUUCAAGUGAACGCACGCAAAGCACACAAGCAGGACAUGUACCAGUGGGCGACUGCCGAUAUGUAAUACAAACAUGGAAGAAACGUGGCCCGCAUGCAACAUGUGGACAUUUGCAAAUAUGACUUCGAAGUAUUCUGGA